UCGAGACUGGUGCUGCUUUCUAGAUGAGUAGAGGCCGAGUCCGUGUGGAAGAGAGACAAACUAAUCCCAGAAAGAAAGAGAUCUAAUCAUGGAUUACGAAAGGAUACACAAAGUGCAGAGUGGUAUAAUAUCUCCUAGCAAGCUGAGGAUGAAGCUCGUAGGACCUCACCAUCACAUAAAGAAGGAUGGGUCAAACAGCAAUUCCUCAAGAACUUCUCCCUCCAAGCUUCAGGAUAACGAAUUUGUCAAAAACAGCUUAUUAGCUUCCGAUUUUGGAGAUUUCGGUGAAGAAGUUGCAGCUCUCGGCUUAGAGGUUGCAUCUGUUAACUUUCCGAGUGAGGCGGUGUUGGACCUCUGCCAAGCUGACCUGCCGAUGGAGACGGUGCCCAAGGAAAUUGGUGACGCUGGUCGUGUUAAAAUGCAGCCAUUCUCAAAGUGUGAAAAGGGUAAUUCAAGUGCAGUUCACCCUGUCAGGACAGUAGAAGAUGAGAACCUUGAUUACGAUAGCAAUGCUAGUUCGUCCAGCUUUGAGUUUCAUAAUGAGAGAUCGGUAAACAAUCAAUUUUCAAAGCGAUUCUCAAGGCCUAUGUCUUCUAAGUGGAAUGAUGCAGAGAAAUGGAUAAUGAAGAGGCAGAAUGUACAACCCAAUUAUGUUAAGAAGAAUAAUAAUUUACACAACCAAGCUAAUAGGAAUCCAGUAACAAGUGUGGACAGGGUUGCUCCUGCGUUGUCAAAUUAUGAUCCAAGAUCAUCAAAUAGCAGGGUCGCAGACACGAAGCUUAUAGAUUUCUGUCUGCCUUCUUAUCAACAGGCGUUUGAAAAAUUCUCCUUCAUUCCUCCUGGAUCUCUCACAAUUUCUGGUCAAGAAAAUGGGGUUGACACCCUAGUCGAUCGAUGUGCUCAGAGUACAGACUUGAAGGAAGUGGAUCAAAGGGAAUUAUCUUGUACGAAAAUCUCAACACAAGAUUCAGCAGUUGUUCCUGUCGUAAGAUCAGUCUGUAUGAGGGAUAUGGGAACAGAAAUGACCCCUGUUACAAGUCUAGAGCCUUCUAGGACUGCUACACCUGUAGAUGCAACAACUCCACUCCGCAGCCCAACUUCUUCUAUCCCAUCUACUCCCCAAAGAAGGGCACCAGCACCCACAACAACAGAUCACUGCUCCAAUGAUGAUACACAACACGCCACUGGAAAUGGCAAAAUAGAAUUGACUGAGCAAGAAUUAAAACUAAAGACGAGGAGAGAGAUUGAGGCCCUCGGUGUUCAGCUUGGCAAGAUGAAUAUUGCUGCUUGGGCAAGUAAAAAUGACCAGCAAAAACAUGCAUCUUCACUUGAAACUACUGAAAUGGAGAACGAGCAAAUCGAAUUUGUAAAACGUGCUGCUGCAUGGGAGGAAGCUGAACAAUCUAAACACACAGCAAGAUAUAAACGUGAAGAAAUCAAGAUCCAAGCAUGGGAAAGUCAACGGAAAGUGAAACUAGAAGCAGAGAUGCGGAGAAUAGAGGCUCGAGUUGAACAAAUGCGAGCCCAAGCACAUGCGAAGAUGGUGAAGAAGAUCGCAAUGACAAGGCAGCGAUCGGAAGAAAAAUGGGCGGCAGCUGAAGCUAGAAAAAAUCAAGAUGCAGAAAGAACUGCAGCCCAAGCAGAAUAUAUUCGUCAAACAGGGCGAAUGCCAUCAUCUAAUUACAUUUGCUGUGGUUGGUUUUGAUGUUACUGAAAGCAACGGUCCAAAAUAAAUUGCUUGGUACUCUUGUUGAGCUGAAAUGGAGUCUCUUGUUUUGGAUCUCUAAUGAUCCAUAGAGUGUUCCCGUGUAUGUUGCUCGAUCUUGUAUUCAAUAGGACUGACCUCAGUUUGUAAGUUAAUACAUCAAAGAGAGCCUCUUUUCUGUUGAGCAA